UUGCAGUGUUGCUUUUGCUUUUGCCGUUGCUUUUGCCUUUGAUUAUAGAUUUAUUUUUUCGUAUUUUCGCAUUUUUAUUCUUUUGCUCCGCAGAGUAAAACAAACGCGCUUCGUGCCAACCAAUGACUUCGUUGUUUCAACGCACGUCGCGGCGCUGCGUUUGCCAAGCAUCAAAACGAACACUCAGUUCUAAUUGAAUUGCGCUAGCAAACGAAUGUUAUUGAAUGUGAAACGGCUAGUUCGCGUGGAGAUUGCUGAAACGAACGCGCGCGCACACAACAGAUCAACGACGCACUCUAACGGCAACGCGUGCGAUUUCCGUAUAGUCCAAAGGCGAGCUUCAAUUCAGAAUAUGUAUUGUUUUUUUUUAACUGACACGGCGCCGCGGCGAUCUUUACCAGCAACCGUUGUUAUAUACUGACUCGAGACUUUUGUUCGUCGCCAUCCGCAGUGCACGCGAUUUCCGCCUAUGUCGUUGUAGUUGUUGUCAUCAGCGCGUAUUUAAAGUGACAGUCGUGUCAUUGGAAUCGUAAAUUUAGCGAUAAAUACAUAUCAAUUUGUGAUUCGUUUAAUAAAUUAGCAUAAUGAUCUCUUAUAUAAACAAAUGAAUAUUGUGCCGACAAACAUAUGCAUUACAGUAUGUUUGCGUAAAUAUAAGUACAGCAACAGCAACAACAGCAGCUGCAACGAAAGUGAUCAUGUGAAAAUGACUUAAUAGCGCCACACAAUAAAAAAAAACCCUACAAAUAACUUAGCAAAAAUAUAUGUAUAUAUAUACUAUGUAAAAAUAAAAGCCAAAAGUACCGUUAUGGAUAUUAACCGCAAAUACAGUACAAACUUAAUUUAUUCAGUGAAAAAAUAGAAUUUCCUCACCAUUGAAAAAUAAAACAACCCGCCCAGAAAUCCGCUUAAUAGCGAUAAAAUGCUUUAAUCGCCACAAGCGACACCACAACACUAUGAAAAUUGGUGACAGUAUUAUGCAGCGACCUCUGUGCACCCUAGUCACUAAAACGCUGUUGUUUUUACUUGUCGGCGCUGUGGCAGUAGCCAACACCACCACCACGACCACCAACAACCAAACCGAAUCCCUACUUAUACCCACACGCAUACCCAGUCAAACAUUUCCCUUCGUACGCAAGGGUGUGAAGAGUGAAACGGUGCAAACAUUUAUAGCGCCACGACGAAAUGACACGCCCAGUUAUGCCGAAUAUCAUAUCAUAUUGUUGGCUAUGCUGCCAAGCACCGAAGCGGAUACAAAUAAUGAUUGCUUUAUGGCGAAAAUGUUGCCCGCACUCGAGCUCGGCAUUGAUGCAGUGCAGCAGCAUGGUUUUCACGAAGCCUACAUUGAUUUUACGCUCAUAGCACGUGACUCCUUCUGUUCGUCGAUAUAUGGACCGAUCGGUUUUUAUGAAGUGCUGUUGCAACAGCCGAAUUUGAAUGCCAUCUUCGGUCUGCCGUGUGAAUAUGUUUUGGCGCCGAUCUCACGUUAUGCCGGCGCUUAUAGUAUACCCGUUGUAACGACGGGCGGUAGUGCUUCGGCAUUUGGUAAGAAGGCUGGUAAUUUUCCGACCUUAACGCGUCUACAUGGUACGCAGGGCAAUAAUUUGGGUAAUGCAGUGUUCGCGAUCAUCAACGAAUUCAAUUGGACGCGUACGGCAUUGAUCUAUGAAUCGGAUAAUAUCGACGAUAAGGGUUAUUCGGUGUGUUUCUUCUGUUCGUAUGUGAUACAUGACAAGCUGGGUGCACGUUCGGUUAUGCAGCAGGGAUUCGAUAGGAAUACGUGGAAUGGCACAAAGAUCACAAACAUGCUGAAGAAACUAUCCAAGGAGGUGCGAAUUGUCAUUAUGUGUGCGGAACCCGAGAAUAUACGCCGAAUCAUGCUGACCGCUGAGGAAUUGAAUAUGGUCGACAGUGGCGAAUAUGUGUUCAUUAAUAUUGAAAUGUUCUCGCACGCUUCACACAUUGCUUGGAGGCCUUGGUAUGACAAAAACGAUACACAAGAAAAUAACGAACGCGCACGAAAGGCAUAUACAGCUAUACUGACUUUAACGCCAAAACAACCGGAUGAUGAGGCAUACACUACAGUUUCAAAUAAGAUCAAAACCAUCGCUACGGAGAAAUAUAAUUACACAUUCCAGGAAAAUGAGGAUGUCUCAUCCUUUGUAAUAUCCUUCUUCGAUGGCGUAUUGCUCUAUGCCAAAGCGCUCAAUGACAGUAUUCGUGAGGAUCCGACGGUGCUGACUCGCCCUAUAAAUGGCACCGAUAUGGUACGACGUAUGUGGGGCCGCAGUUUCAAAGGUAUUACCGGUAAUGUCACUAUCGAUAACAACGGCGAUCGUAUCUCAGCGUAUUCCUUGCUGGACAUGAAUCCGCAUACGGGCAGUUUUGAAAUUGUUGCUGAUUUCAUACACAACCGCUUGGACUUUGUGCCGGGCAAGGAAAUACACUGGGCGGGUGGUCGCAAAGAACCACCACCCAGCUCGCCGAUUUGUGGUUACGAUGGCUCACUGUGUCCCGAUAAUUCAUUACCCGGUUAUGCAAUACUCUCGAUCAUACUCGGCGUCGUAGUUGUGUUGAUGACUGUCGGUUUCUUCUUCGGUUACCGGCACUACAAAUCAGAGGCGGAAAUAAAUUCUAUGACAUGGAAGGUUUCGCUUAGUGAUUUAGUUUGUCCAGAUUUGGGUGGUCGCGGUAUACGCGGCUCCUUUCACUCGCUCGUGCGGCAUAGCUCGCAACUGACACUCAUGUCCGAGGACUUGCGUUCGCUGUGCGGUGAUCGUCAAAUCUUCAUACCGGUCGGUAUGUAUCGUGGUUGUGAAGUAGCUAUUAAGGCUAUCGAAAAUCGUCAAAUCAAUUUGACACGUUCGCUUAUGUUGGAACUAAAAAGUAUGAAGGAUCUGCAGCAUGAUCAUUUGGUGAAAUUCUAUGGCGCAUGCUUGGAUCCACCGAAGCGUUUCCUACUCACCGAAUACUGUCCGAAGGGCUCACUGCAGGACAUACUGGAGAAUGAACAAUUCCAGCUGGACUGGAUGAUCAAAUUAUCAUUAAUGCAUGAUAUUGUGCGCGGCAUGCAUUUUCUACAUAACUCGGUUAUACGUUCGCAUGGCAAUUUGAAAUCCUCCAAUUGUGUGGUGGAUUCCAGGUUCGUUUUAAAAAUCACCGAUUUUGGUUUGCAUACGCUAAAGCGGGAACGACCAGAAGCGGUGGAAAACGAUGUGGAGGACUGCAAUAGUCAUGCGUAUUGGAGUAAACUAUUUUGGACUGCGCCAGAAUUGUUGAAAAUUGGCAAUGAUCGUCCGCCAGAGGGUACACAAAAGGGGGACGUUUAUUCCUUUGGCAUAAUCGUACAUGAAAUCAGUACAAGACAAGGUCCAUUUUACUUAGGCAAGACUGAAAUAGAAAAAUCACCUAAAGAAAUUAUUCAACUAGUCAAAGCUUAUCCGGAACAUAUAUCUUCGCCAUUUCGUCCGUAUAUCGAUGAGCAUGAUGGAUAUCUUGAUAUUAACAACCUCAUGAUCAAGUGCUGGGCUGAGGAUCCGCUUGAACGUCCCGACUUCAAUGCACUCAAAUCAAUCAUACGUCGAAUCAAUAAAGACAACGAGACCGGAAACAUUGUGGACAACCUGCUUAAACGCAUGGAACUGUAUGCCAAUAAUCUGGAGGAGCUUGUCGAAGAGCGUACACAAGACUACAUUGAGGAGAAAAAGAAAUGCGAGAAGCUCCUGUAUCAACUACUACCGCAGAGCGUUGCAGCGCAGCUUAUCAGCGGACAACCGGUGGUGGCCGAAACCUUCGAUCAGGUCACCAUCUACUUCAGUGAUAUUGUCGGUUUCACCGCCAUCUCAGCCGAGAGCACACCCAUGCAGGUGGUGCAAUUUCUCAACGAUCUCUACACCUGUUUCGAUUCCAUAGUCGAGAAUUUCGAUGUCUACAAAGUUGAAACGAUAGGCGAUGCCUAUAUGGUUGUUUCCGGCUUGCCCAUACGUAAUGGUAAUCAGCAUGCGCGUGAAAUUGCACGUUUAGCACUGGCGCUACUUGGCGCCGUACAUAAAUUUAGAAUACACCAUCGACCGCAAGAUCAACUAAAGCUACGUAUUGGCUUGCACACGGGCGCUUGUGUGGCUGGCGUUGUGGGUCUAAAGAUGCCGCGGUAUUGUCUCUUCGGCGAUACGGUGAAUACGGCGUCACGGAUGGAAUCAAAUGGCGAAGCGCUACGUAUACACAUUAGUCAAAAUACCAAAUUGGCAUUAGACGAAUUCGGUACAUUCAUAACCACACAACGGGGUUAUGUGCCCAUGAAGGGUAAAGGCGAAAUGCUCACAUAUUGGCUCGAGGGUGAAGUACCAAAACCGGAGUCACCUACAGUGCCGGCACAACAGUUGCUGCACGGGCGGCGUUCCUCACUCAAACAUCCGCCGCAACGUUAUAGUGUUAUGUUGCAAAAGCAACAUUCCGAGAUCUCAGAGGGUGAGCAGUUACCGCCAGCGACAAUAGUCGAACACAGCAGCGUACCGAAAACGCCGACUUUGCGUGUGAAGCGCAAAAUCUCGUCAUCAUCACCUAAAUUGAAUGGCAACGAAUUUAAACCCGAGGACUUCAAUUACUAUCUGGAUAAUGUCAAACAACAAGAAGACAAAGAGCACAUAGUGACUAUGGGUAAGCUAACAAAUGGGCUCAACGGCGACAUUUACAGUAGUCGGUCGCUGCGUGAGCCACGUAAAGAUGCCAACAACGAGUUGGCCAAUCUACGUUUACCGCUAUCAGGUGCACUAAAAAAUCACAAUAACAAUUUAGCGAAUAACCACCGUACCAGCUUUACACAUCUAAUGCAAUCCAACUCGAAUUCCAAUCUAAGCGGCAUUCUACAUCCGACAACACCGGCAUUAGCACGCGUGCGCCCGAGGCCGUCACCAAGCAUUUCACCAUUGGUAUCAAGUGAACGUGUCGACAACGACCACUUACAAAAUGUGCAACGCAUCAAAUUCCAAGUAGGCAUUAAAGAUGACGGACCACAAGAUAGCGGUAUAAAUGACAGAUCUGAGCCAAAUACUUCUACACAACUUUUACCUCGGCGCGCAUCACUUGAUGAAUCAUAUAGUGAAUCAAAUAUUUAUAAGCCUGAUGGCGUUAAUGAUGACGAAGACGACAUUGAUUUGCCAUUAAAUCACCAGUUGAAUAGUAGUAAAGCACGCUUGUUGGAAGGCGAAAAUCUAAAUAGCGUUGUAUUCACUAAAAAUGGUUGUGAUAGUGUAUGCAAAAGCAACAAUAAUAGCUAUAAUAACAUUGUAAAAGCAAAUAAUGCAAAGAAUUUGCAUCUUAUCAGCAAAGCUGUGCCGCCAAUGGAUAAUCACGUGGGCGCACGUACUGCUGACGCAGCAAAUACGGGUGCCAGUGUAGUGGGUAAUGCUGUAACUGUGGCCACACCUACUGCAGGGAGUGUGGCGCAACCGUUAUUGGGAAAAUCAAUUCAUAAUUUAGUAUAAAUCAUUAUUUCAGCAACGAAUUUCACAACUGCAGAGCAAUCAUGCAAUUGUAUUGCAACUCAUGUUCACUAAGUGGACGCCUACAUGUACAGGUGCAGGAAGUACUUUGAAACUGAUUUCAGGUUUAUAAGUAAGUGGAAAUGUGAUCACAAAUUUCUCAAAAAUAAAUGAACUUUAAACUCUUGUUUGUAUUAAAAUGCUUGAAUAUAACUUGGCUGAGGCGCAGAGCAAUUGAAAAUAUUUGCACAUGUAAACUAAUAUUACAGAAAUUCUUGUACUCAGUGCUAUUACAAACAAAAAAACUAAAUAUUCACUCAUAAAUAAAAACUAGUUUUAAAAAAUAAUUUAACAUUUAUUAGGUUUUCAAAUUACUGUUGUAUAGUGUUAUGUAAUAUGCCAACAGCAUAGUACGACAAAUGUAGCAAAAAUAAUAUAUUGAAAAUGUUAGAUUUUAAACACAAACAUAAUUUCAUCACGUCCUUAAAUCGACCAUCACAAAUAGCAUGUAAGUUAAAUUCUUUGUUUAUAUACUAAACUUUAGAGUAUAUAAAGAAUUGUAGCGUGUUUUAAAAUCAUCUUUAUCCAGUGGCUGUUCUCAAAAACUUUUAACAAAUAAUUGUAGUAAUAUCUUGAAAAUAUAUUUACAUUUUAAGUUGUAUUUAUUUUUUUACUUAAUUAUUGUCUAGUAUAUUUAGAAAAACAUAUUUAUAUAUACAUGUAUAUGAUACGUAUAAAUACAUAUAUUUUAAAUAUUGUAAGAAAGUGUAGUUGAAAAAAUAAAGCAUCAAACAAAUUAUUUUCAAUAUCAAA